UCUGCGUUCGUUACCCUUCAACGCGAACGCGGGGGCCGCCCUGCGUGCUUUAUUUUUUCUUUUGCGUGGCCUCGUGGGCGGGCUCAACCCCGUCGGACCCCGUCCGACCCUGUCGGAAGCGCGGCGGCUCGCGGGGUGGACGGGCGGGCGGCCACCGCGGCGCGCAUGCGCAGCUCCUACCCUCGCCCGGUCCUCUCGGUUUGAAUUCCCCGCCGCGGUGUCAAGCGACCUCCUGAUUAGGCUGGUGGAUUUCCUUGAGACCUCCCUCUCUAGGAACGUGUGCUGCCACGUGACCGACCGAAAUGAGGCUUCUGAGGCGCACUGGCAGGAUUAUAGGCUGAGAAGAGACAAAAUAUAGGUCAGGAGGCCAAAGAGAUCCAGAGCAUACUACGACGGUGUGUUUUGAUCAUAAGCAGAGUUUAUCGUCUUGUUUGUGAGAUUCUCAGAACGUUACAGGGGCAGGUCCAGGAAUAAGGCGAUAUGUCGGCAGAAACACCAAUAACCCUGAAUAUGGACACCCAGGAUCUGCAGAUCCAAACAUUCACUGUGGAGAAGCUGCUGGAGCCUCUGAUAAUCCAGGUUACUACCCUGGUGAAUUGUCCGCAGAAUCCUUCCAACAGGAAGAAAGGACGUUCAAAGAGAGCCAGAGUUCUUCUAACAUCUGUGGAGGAAGCAACUUGGAAUUUGUUAGACAAGGGGGAGACGAUUGCUAAGGAAGCCACAGUUUUAAAGGAAGAGCUCACAGCUGCACUCCAGGAGGUUCGAAAAGAGAGCAAAGCUCUGAAGGUAUCAGCUGAGAGAUUUACAGACGACCCCUGUUACCUCCCGAAAAGGGAGGCUGUGGUUCAAGCCGCCCGCGCCCUGUUGGCCGCAGUUACAAGACUCCUGAUCCUUGCGGACAUGAUUGAUGUCAUGUGCCUCUUGCAGCACGUGUCUUCUUUCCAAAGAACGUUCGAGUCUCUCAAAAAUGUUUCCAACAAAUCUGACCUCCAGAGAACCUACCAGAAGCUUGGGAAGGAGCUGGAAAGCCUGGAUUAUUUGGCCUUCAAACGCCAGCAGGAUUUAAAAUCUCCAAGCCAGAGGGAUGAAAUUGCAGGGGCCCGGGCCACCUUGAAGGAGAACUCCCCUCUCCUGCAUUCGAUUUGUUCAGCCUGCUUGGAACAUUCCGACGUUGCUUCACUCAAAGCCAGUAAGGACACUGUCUGUGAAGAGAUCCAGAAUGCUCUUGAUGUAAUUUCAAAUGCUUCCCAAGGCAUCCAGAAUGUGCCAGCUCCUCCUGAACCUCAGGCAGCCACACUGGGAAGUGCUCUCGAUGAGCUGGAGAGUUUAAUUGUCCUGAACCCACUCACAGUGACAGAGGAAGACAUAAGACCAUCACUAGAGAAACGCCUGGAAGCUAUCAUCAGUGGGGCCGCGCUGUUGGCUGACUCAUCCUGCACCAGGGACCUCCACCGGGAGCGGAUUAUCGCCGAGUGCAAUGCCAUCCGCCAGGCUCUCCAGGACCUGCUGUCGGAGUACAUGAGUAAUGCUGGAAAAACAGAAAGGAGUAAUACCCUGAAUACUGCCAUCGUCAACAUGAGCAAGAAGACAAGAGACCUCCGCAGACAGCUCCGCAAGGCUAUUAUAGAUCACAUAUCAGAUUCUUUCUUGGACACAACAGUUCCACUCCUGGUCCUCAUUGAAGCCGCUAAGAAUGGCCGAGUAAAGGAAAUCAAAGACUACGCUGCCAUAUUUCAUGAGCACACGGGCAGGCUUGUGGAGGAAAGGAGUACUCUGAACAUAUCCAUUGUGCAAAAGAUUAAAAAUGUGGAUUGUGACAGGAAAGUGGCAAACCUUGCUUGUUCCAUGUCAACAAAUGAAGAUGGGAUUAAAAUCGUCAGAAUUGCAGCCAAUCACCUGGAGACCCUGUGUCCACAGAUCAUAAAUGCUGCACUUGCUUUGGCAUCAAGACCCAAGAGUCAAGUGGUCAAAAACACCAUGGAAAUGUAUAAGCGCACAUGGGAACAUUACAUCCAUGUCCUCACUGAAGCCGUGGAUGACAUCAUCAGCAUUGACGACUUCCUGGCUGUAUCUGAAAGCCACAUCCUGGAAGAUGUCAACAAAUGUAUUAUAGCCUUGAGGGAUCAGGAUGCUGAUAAUUUAGACCGUGCUGCUGGUGCCAUCAGAGGACGGGCCGCAAGAGUAGCUCACAUCGUCACGGGUGAGAUGGAUAGCUACGAACCUGGUGCUUACACAGAAGGUGUGAUGAGAAAUGUCAACUUCCUUACAAGCACUGUGAUCCCGGAGUUCGUGACCCAAGUGAACGUGGCCCUGGAUGCCUUAAGCAAGAACUCGUUGACUUCACUGGAUGAUAACCAGUUUGUGGACAUCUCAAAGAAGAUCUAUGACACAAUCCAUGAUAUCAGGUGUUCAGUCAUGAUGAUCCGGACCCCAGAGGAACUGGAGGAUGUUUCUGACCUUGAAGAUGACCAUGAGGUCCGUAGCCACACCAGCAUUCAGACAGAAGGGAAAACUGAUCGGGCCAAGAUGACUCAACUGCCAGAGGCAGAAAAGGAAAAGAUUGCGGAGCAAGUAGCUGACUUCAAGAAGGUGAAGAGCAAGCUGGACGCUGAGAUUGAGAUAUGGGAUGACACAAGCAAUGAUAUCAUCGUGCUUGCCAAGAAGAUGUGCGUGGUCAUGAUGGAGAUGACCGACUUCACGAGGGGGAAAGGACCACUAAAGCAUACCACUGAUGUAAUCUAUGCAGCUAAAAUGAUAUCAGAGUCAGGGUCAAGGAUGGAUGUUCUCGCUCGGCAGAUUGCUAACCAGUGUCCAGAUCCACCGUGCAAACAGGACUUGCUGGCUUACCUGGAACAGAUUAAAUUCUACUCCCACCAGCUGAAGAUCUGCAGUCAAGUUAAAGCAGAGAUCCAAAACCUGGGGGGAGAGCUCAUCGUAUCAGCUUUGGACAGCGUCACUUCCCUGAUCCAGGCAGCCAAGAAUUUAAUGAAUGCUGUAGUGCAAACAGUGAAAAUGUCAUACAUUGCCUCCACCAAGAUUAUCCGCAUCCAGAGUUCUGCAGGGCCUCGGCACCCGGUGGUCAUGUGGAGGAUGAAGGCUCCAGCUAAGAAGCCCUUGAUUAAAAGAGAGAAGCCAGAAGAAACGUGGGCAGCUGUCAGAAGAGGCUCUGCCAAGAAAAAGAUCCACCCAGUUCAAGUCAUGAGUGAAUUCAGAGGGAGACAAGUCUACUGAAUGCCCACCCUCAUCCACUCUAGGGCCCAUUUCUCCACCGCAGGCUAACCACACUGCUUUAUUUCAUGGUUAACAUUGGUUCUUUAAUUUCACCAAGUUUCAAAGUUAAGCUCACAAAUAACAUAAAGCGUUGGGGUUAAAUGAGUGUGUAAGAUGUGUGUUCGGCAUCCUGUCAUUGUUGACUCUCUUCAGACAGACAGCACAACCUAGUUAAUUGGUUGCUAGUAUCUAGGGAAUAAAACUCAUGGGCAUCGCUUACCAUUACCCUUCACAGGAAAGAGUUUAUGUUCAUUACAAAAUGAACGCAAAUGAUAAAGUGAAUUCCUCUUACCUAGAAAUGUCUGCACCCAUGCAUUCUUUAUCCCUGGGAAGGAAAACCCUGACAUAAGCUUUACACUUGGAUUUUGCUAGACAUUAAAGUUUUUUUUUCAACUAUUUUCCCAAUUAGUAUCCCACCUAACCUGGUACCUAACCUGCCAAAAAUGUGUCACUCUUGCCAUGGGAAAUUUUCAAUUUCUAGAUAUCAACUGCCCAUUAUGAACAGGUUAGAUGCCUGUAACCAAGUGGGUGUGGCCAAUUGUUUUCCUAGAAUUUAAAAGUCAAACAUGUUAUUCGAGAAGUGCCUUGAUGAAUCUCUGUAGGCUACCAUCUUGGAAUGUGAUGCUUGCACCUUCUAUUUUGAGUGUUCAGAAGUUCUGGACUCUUAGUACUGGGCCUAUCAGAGCACACCUGUAGAGUUAUCACCCACUGGAAAAAUGAAUUUUUGGUUGUUGUUGUUUUUGGGUUUGGUUUGGUACAGGAAUUCAAACAAUUAUAUUGUACAUUCGAGGCAAACACAUUCUAAUCCUGAGCCAAACACUUAGCCCUCCUGUUAGAGAAAUGAGGUACUGAGUUAUAACAAAGAGUUACGUCUACAAUCAUGGACAAACAAGGAGUGCUUCAUGGUUCUAAAAUUCUCUUUGAAUCCACUUGAAACUAAUUAAAAUGAGAGAUCAGUAUG